AACAAGGAGGUCGAUGAUUUAUAAUUAUUUAUAAUUUAUACUUUCUGGGUGCUCCUCAGCUACUCAGAUAUGGAAUGUCACCUUUGGUUUCUCUUCUCCCCAAGUAUUUACGAAAUUCCCUUCGACAGCCCAUGUCUAACGUAGACCAUUUCCAUGAAGGGACCGAGAAACAGGCCUCCUGCAGCCACACUGAGGUGUGAGGGGGAAAAGCUUCUCUCCCCAGACAUGAAGAAUCUCAUUCUGGAACUCGAGACAUCGCAGUCCCCAUGCAUGAAAGGCUCGCUUGGCUCCCCUGGGCCGCCUGGCCCCCAGGGUCCACCAGGGCUUCCUGGCAAGACAGGACCAAAGGGAGAAAAGGGGGAGCUUGGCCGACCAGGAAGGAAGGGCAGACCUGGUCCCCCAGGUGUUCCUGGCAUGCCUGGGCCUGUUGGCUGGCCAGGACUUGAAGGACCCAGGGAAAAGAUCAAGUAUCACCAUUUACAGCAUCCUACAUUAUGUGGUAUGACGGGAUUGCCAGGGUCAAGAGGACCAAUGGGCUCCAAGGGCUACCCUGGAUCCAGAGGGGAAAAGGGAUCCAGAGGUGAAAGGGGUGACUUGGGUCCCAAAGGAGAAAAGGGUUUCCCGGGAUUUCCUGGAAUGUUGGGACAGAAAGGUGAAAUGGGUCCAAAGGGUGAGCCUGGCAUAGCAGGACACCGAGGGCCCACAGGAAGACCAGGAAAACGAGGCAAGCAGGGACAGAAAGGAGACAGUGGAGUUAUGGGCCCACCUGGCAAGCCUGGGCCUUCUGGUCAACCUGGCCAUCCAGGCCCCCCAGGGCCCCCAGGUCCACCAUCUGCAGGACAACUUGUAAUGGGACCCAAAGGGGAAAGAGGAUUUCCCGGGCCUCCAGGAAGAUGUCUUUGUGGACCCCCUAUGAAUGUGAAUAACCCUUCCUACGGGGAGUCCGUGUACGGGUCCAGUUCCCCGCGAGUUCCUGUGAUUUUCGUGGUCAACAACCAGGAGGAGCUUGAGAGGCUGAACACCCAAAAUGCCAUUGCAUUCCGCAGAGACCAGAGAGCUUUGUACUUCAAGGACAGCCUUGGCUGGCUCCCCAUCCAGCUAACCCCUUUCUACCCUAUGGACUACACUGUAGACCAGCGCGGCACCUGUGGGGACGGGGUCCUGCAGCCUGGGGAGGAGUGUGACGACGGCAACAGUGAUAAGGGUGACGACUGCAUCAGCUGUCACCGGGCCUACUGUGGAGAUGGUCACCGGCACGAGGGUGUGGAGGACUGUGAUGGCUCCGACUUCGGCUAUGUGACGUGUGAGACCUAUCUCCCUGGGUCGUAUGGAGACCUGCGGUGCACGCAGUACUGCUACAUUGACUCCACACCGUGCCGCUACUUCACCUGAGGGCCGCAAGGGGAAGGUGGGCUGUGACUCACGCAACCGGCAGCAGCUUCUCCGCCCUCAGCAAACUGGCCUUGCACCAUCCCGGUCCAGUUUCCACCACACUUUGUGUGAUAAAAACAAGGACAAAUUCUUUCUGCUAAGACAUGCUUUUAACUGAGUCUGGCUGGAAGAAUUUAGGACCACUGCAUCCUGUCUUAAUCCAAAGUACCAGAAAUCCUUCUACAUGCCCAGCCUGGGAACUGCUCCCCACUGCUACCAUCUGGCCAAG